UGGAUGUAUGGCUUCGGUGGAUUACAGUAAUCCAGAGCACACUGACCGCUGCUGUUCAUAACACACUAGACCUGACCAUCAAGAUGGACGUGAAGAUCCUCAGUGUGUUUCUGCUGCUGCUGACUCAAGUUUUCAUUGGCGUAAAUACACAGGGGGAGUUAGAGAUGACAUGGACUUAUGAAGAUGAUGAUGAGGUGAGUGUGAAGCAAGUGGUGGAGAAUCAAACGCCGAUGGGCUGUAACUGUGACUGUCAGGAGCCACGACCCACAGGAACUCCAGCCACCUGGACCUCCAUCAGCACCACGCCAUCCACACACAGCCCCUAUCUGGACUGCAUGCCGGAGUGUCCCUACCACAAACCGCUGGGGUUUGAGUCCGGGUCAGUGAUGGCGGAGCAGCUUACCUGUUCAAACCAGGAUCAGUAUGUGGGCUGGUUCUCUUCAUGGACCCCAAAUAAAGCCAGACUGAACAGUCAAGGGUUUGGCUGUGCUUGGCUAUCCAAGUUCCAGGACACGAAUCAGUGGCUUCAGAUCGACCUCCAGGAGGUGCGGGUGGUCUCGGGUAUCCUAGCUCAGGGCCGCUGUGAUGCUGACGAAUGGACAACGAAAUACAGCCUGCAGUACCGAACCAAAGAAAACCUCAACUGGAUCUAUUACAAAGACCAGACCGGGAAUAACAGGGUGUUUUAUGGAAACACGGACCGAUCCUCCACGGUCCAGAACCUGUUGCGUCCUCCCAUCGUGGCGCGGUAUCUGCGGAUCCUGCCUCUGGGCUGGCACACACGCAUCGCCCUCCGCCUGGAGCUGCUCAUGUGCAUGAACAAAUGCGUCACGGGUUAAGAACCACUACAGUAAUACUACAGUAAAAUAUACUCAGAUCAGUAGGUAACAGGCAAUUUGGAAUAAUACCAUACAACUGUAGCUUCUGUGUGUACGAAAUAAAACAAAUAACCAUUUUUGGUCUAAAACAAGUGGACUGCUUUAUCAUCAAUGACUUGCUGAUCUUUGCAAAGUUCACAAAAAAGAGGAACAGUGCAUUUUGCUUUCUGAAAUGAUAAUUGAAUAAAUGCCAUAUUGAUUUGUUAAGUCAUGUAACACAUGAACCAUUGAGCUUCCUCGUAACUGCAAUUAAACAGUUAAAAUUCA